AUGACGACAGGCCCCAAGAUGCCUGCACCAAAUGAUAACGAGUCUUCUCUCACACCAGACCUGGCAUUUACAGACGCAGCAGCCAUUUUUGAUCGCGCCGAUAAGGUAGAUCGCCUCGUCGACUGUCUUAUUGUGGGCAACGUAUCUACAACCGACUUUCACCAAAUCGAGGCGGAACGGGACCGCCGCGGACGACGAAUCCGCCUCUUCUUCCUGCCAGACCAGGCCUGCGCCAUUGUCACCAUCCCCACCGGGCCGCAUGAACAAGCACAUGUCGAGCUGUACUACGUUGUGCGAGAUUCGCUGAAAGAAAUGGGACUGGCGAACGAGUGGCAGACGGUCGCUGCGGAGACGUUUGCCGCAGCCAGCCGCGGCUCCGGCGAGGGCGAUUCUGGUGGUGGGCCACUCUGGCGGGACGAUGGGGGCGGCAUUGUCUGGCCCACCAUCGUCAUACAAGCGGGCGUCAGCCAAUCCAUGGCAUCGCUGCGCGCGAAAGCGAACUGGUGGUUUGCGGCCUCAGACAAUCGUAUGAAGAUUGUGGUCCUUAUAAAAGUGACACUCACCGCUACUGAAUCCAGCAUCGCUGUGGAGACGUGGACAGCAACCGCGACCGCACGCCACACGGGUCGCCCCGGCGCAACGACGACGCGCUCGUUCGUGCGCUCUAUGCCGGCUGUCAUGGAGCCCAGUUGCCAGCAGAGAGUCGACAUUUCGUGGCCACUGCUCUCUCCCAUUCGAAACCCCCCACGCCGCGACCGUGUGCGGGUACUCUUUUCUGUUGUGGGCGCUCCCAUGGUCUUUGGAUUUGAGGAGUUGAUGUUGCGUCCUCCUGUCCCUGCGCAUGGCGAGCACGACAUUCUAAUUACCGAGGCAGACUUUCAAGACAUUGCCUCCCGAGUCUGGGGAUGCUUAUGA